AUGUUUAUUGAGAAAUUGAUGAUUGGUGAAGGUAGUUAUGGGAACGUAUUUAAGGCAAAACAUAAAUACACGGAUGAAAUAUACGCUAUUAAGCAAAUAGAUUUGGACAAAGAUAAAGGUAUUGAAGAAAAUAAGCAAAUUUUCAACGAAAUCAAAAGUUUAUCAAGAGUAAGCUCACCAUAUGUUGUCAAGUAUUACGAUUUUUGGCUGGAUGAAAAUUAUUUCUACAUUCAGAUGGAGUGCUUGUCUGAGAAUCUUCAAUAUUUUAUUGAUACCAAACCACAAAUAUUUGAUCGACAAUCCAGAGAACCUAUGGAUUGUGUUGAGUAUUUCAUUUCGUGUGAAAUAUUCCGAGAGAUCUUAGAAAGUGUUCAGUAUUUGCAUGAAUUGAAUCCACAGAUCAUUCACAGAGACCUCAAACCCCACAAUAUAUUGAUUGAUAGGAACGGACGGAACGGAAGAUUUGUUAAGUUAUGUGACUUUGGUUUGGCUGUAGUUCACCAAAAAAGUAUUCAUUUGUUAACAUCUAAAAGACAUACAUCAGGUGUGGGAACCCUGGGAUAUAUAGCACCGGAAGUCCUAAUGAUCAUUCACAGAGACCUCAAACCCGAAAACAUAUUGAUUGACAGGAUCGGACAGAACGGAAGAUUUGUUAAGUUAUGCGAUUUUGUUUGGCAAUAA